ACAGCUUACGCAUCUGCACAAGCUUGUGCGGCGAAUCAGACUAAAGGAUAAUAGCAGGAUAAUAGCCAGGAUGUCGGGCAGCGCAACAACCUUGGCCAGCACGGCGGCAACAGCUGCAAUGCCAGUUCAUGUAGAGGAUUUGAGAUUCGGCGUCACGGACUACACCAUAUUCGCAGUCAUGCUGAGUGUCUCGGCAGCCAUUGGCGUCUACUUUGGAUUCUUCUCCAAGUCAAAGAACACCACCGACGAAUACCUGCGCGGGGGCAAGAAGAUGCAGGCCCUGCCCAUUGCCAUAUCCUUGGUCUCCAGUCAACUUUCUGGAGUUGCGAUCAUGUCAGUUCCAACCGAGAACUACACAUAUGGCUUCAACUUUAUAUUCUCGGUGCUGGCCAUGUUGCCAACUGUCCCCAUCCUUAUAUACAUUAUUGUGCCGGUGUUCUACGACAACAACGUCGUCAAUUGCUAUGAGUACUUGGAGAUGCGUUUCAAUAAGGGAACUCGUCGAUUCGUCACUCUCACAUUCAUUAUGAACCAAUUCCUGAUGCUGCCUGUCUAUAUGUUCAUACCAUCGUUGGCCUUCUCUCAAGUGACCGGCGUAAAUAUUCACCUGAUCAAUAUAAUUGUCUCCUCGGUGUGCGUUUUCUACACCAUGCUGGGAGGCGUUAAGGCGGUCGUCUGGACGGAUGUUGUCCAGGCUGCUGUAAUGCUUAUCUCGGUGAUCAUGGUGGCCGUCUUGGGCAUAAUGGGAACAGGUGGCUUGGCCACUGUGCUGGAUCACGCUACACAAGGAGGACGUAUGAACUUUGAGUUUAGACUGGAUCCCAGGAUUCGAGUUACUAUAUGGAAUGCCAUAGGCAGCGGCUUACUUCUGUGGACCGGUAAAAUUGGACUUGAUCAGAGCUGUGUUCAGCGCAUUGUCUCCUUACCCUCGUUUGCGGAAGCCAAAAAAUCUUUAGUUGUGGCUGGAUUUGGUUUCAUGAUAAUCAUGUCUAUCACCUGUUUUACCGGCAUCAUUAUGUUUGCUCACUACUUCGGCUGCGAUCCCAUGUUAGCUGGCCUGGUCAGCAAGCCAGACAAAAUGAUGCCCUUCUUCAUUCAGGACAUAAUGGGUAACCUGCCGGGCAUGCCCGGUCUGUUCAUCUCGUGCGUCUUCAGCGCUUCGCUGAGCUCCCUUUCGGCUAAUCUCAACUCGCUCGCUGGCGUCGUCUACUUCGACUAUAUCAAGCCGCAUAUCCGGCAU